GUUUUUAUUCUCCGCCUCUGCAAGAAUUGCGCGUUUUUACUCUUUAUUGCUGUGAAUCUUUUAUUAUGAGUAAAACUGGUCAGAUUUAAUCUCCGGGUGGGUUUAAAUAGUGCUUUAAAAGAGCUGACAUCGUCCUAAAUCUCUCCUCUAACGUUACGUUAGUUCAGCCUGAAGACAUUCCUGCACAGAUCGCUUAUCAAAAUCUAAACACUAGAUGGACCUCUCUCGGUCAAAAUCUGCAACAUCUGUAUCGCCAUGAAGUCGUAAUAUCUGAAAUAAUAAUAAUAAUAAAUAACAAUAACAAAUCUAGAGGCAGAGCUGUUAAUCAGCCUCUACUGAAAUGAGGGUUUAGAUUUGUCCAGUGAUUUUGGAGAUGGGUGAGUAUAAGGACAGUCUGCACGAGUUCGAAGGGGACUCGGAUUUUUUCCCCCCGCCACCACGACACCGGGUGGGCCGGGAGCGCAUCCACAUACAGAAGAGCAGCGUGUGCUCCAGGGCUUAUUUCGUGGUGGUCAUGGCCUUCUUCCACCUCUACAUCAUUAACAUCAUCGCUUUGCUCCUGUACGUGCACUAUAACACGGGCUCCGGGGAGCAGGACGUCCCACUGGAAAAGAGUCCUGGUUCUCCGCGAGCCGUGCCUGCCGAGCACCAGACCCCCUCAUCAGCAGCACACCUGAGCCCGGAGAUGUCCUUCCAGCUGCCCCGCCUGGAGGGCAUUCGGGUUGGGCAUGUGCAAAGAGUUUCCAUUGUUCCUGACCGGACACAUAACAUGCGCACCCUCAGCCUGAAACCACUGCUGUUUGAGAUCCCAGGAUUCCUGAGUGUGGAGGAGAGUAAUGUGGUGAUGCAGCUGGCGCAGUUGAAGGGUUUGACCCACAGCUCUCUUCUUACUAAUCCUGACCAGGAGGAGCAGCUCACUCAGGACGAGCUCUUCAGCCUCCUUGACCUCAACCAGGACGGCCUUCUGCAGAGGGAGGAGAUUUUGAGUCUUUCCCACUCCACCGAUGGAUCUUGGCUGAGCUCAUACAAUUUACGGAAAAUCCACACCGGGCUUGAGACCAACCCUUCUGGAGUUUUGUCUCUGCAGGAGUUUAAGCGUGUGAGUGGAGGAGUGCUGCGUUACAGCGGUACUGCUCAAGGCCUGGACGGACACACCAAGGUCAGACAGAGAAGCACACACACGCGGCUGUACCUUGGAGAGGGCACACACCACCUGCUGAAAAGCGUCAGGAACAGAGUGACCCGUUUAACACGACUGCCAUCCUCAUUGGUCGAUCUCAGCGAGGCAAUGGAAGUUGUCCGUUAUGAGCAGGGUGGCUUCAGCCACGCCCACCACGACAGCAGCCCCACCCACCCCGACAACAGCUGCACCCACACACAUCUGGCAGCAAACACCUCCAACCAGGUGGCAUGCAGAUAUCUGACGGUCUUGCUGUAUCUGAACUCUGCGGAUAGCGGAGGAGAAACCAGCUUCCCCGUCGCUGACAACCGGACUUAUGAGGAGGAGGUCUUGGGCGAUCUCUCCCAGCAAUAUUGUGAUAAAGGCAAUCUGAAGGUCAAACCCGUAGCCGGAACUGCUCUGCUGUGGUACAACCACCUCUCAGAUGGCAAUGGUUGGGUCGGAGAGCUGGAUGAAUUCUCCCUGCACGGCGACUGCUUAGUCACACGAGGCUUUAAAUGGACAGGAAGUGUGUGGGUGAACAUCGACCCGGACCAGCAGCGUCAGGAGCGCUACCAGCGCCUCGUCUCCUGGCAUCCAGAGGGCCACAGCAAAACACCAGAGCAUGGAGACUUUCACCAAGACCUCUAAACCCAGAUCAUACACGUCUGCACUGAUCUAGAAGCAGUUUCCACUCGGCAAGUCUUUGUUCGGGAGAAUAAAAGCCGGUCCAGUAAGAGAUACCCACUGCUGCGAGCUUUACUUUAUAUAGCUGUGGGCCCCGCUCCGGUGGCAUAUCAUUUAAUAUUGAUGAGCUCAACGGGGAAAUUGUUCUCUGAAUAGUACCUAGAUAUCCACGAGUUGCACAUAAGUUAUUUAUUCUAUAUUUAAGAAAGAGUUUAUUUAUUCAUUGCGUAAAUCUUUAUUUAUUUGUCAUAUUGCUAUUUAUUCAGACAUUUAUUAUUCAUUAAUGUGUGGUGUGUAUUUAUAUAUUUAAAUAUAGUCACAUGAUGUGUGUCUAUUUAUCUCAGGUUUUGUUACGCACUGGUUGUCCUUUUCCAUUUUAAUGCACUAUUUAAGACAAAGAGUUCGUCAGGUUUGUAAGUUAAUUUAAGAAAUAAAUUUAUACAUGUA